ACAGCCGGGGCCGCCGCUCGCCUCAGGGCCGCGGGCGGGGCGGGGCCGGAGCAGCGCGGGCGGAUCCCCUCAGAAACAUCCCCUGCAGCAAAUGCUCCGUGUGCGGGACGGGUUUGUCCCGGCACUUGGGGCUCCCCGGGAUCGUGUGCCAGGGAAUAAAGCCCGCGCCGCGCUCCCAGCUGCGCUGCCGCGGUUCUGUGGGCUGCGCUGGGCUCUGUUUCCCGGGGAGCAGCGGGGUGGGGUCCCUGUGCCACCCCCGGGGGUCGCACGGAGAAGCUGCUCCCGUGGUACGGCCGAGGGUCGGGGGAAACCUGAACAGUCCUGAUGGAAACCGCUGGAAAAACAAGUUUGGCUCGGUUUUGACAUUUUCCCCCGACCCCCACCUGGUCCAGGUGUUUUGCCUUAGGAAACAGGAGCAGGAGACAGAAGGGGGAAUAGAGAAAAAGAUAAUUCAUAACCCCAAAAGGGAUGAGCUUAUUUCUAUUGAUUUCCUGAUGCACCUGGAAUGAUUUGGGUCUCAGGAGGCACCUGGGAGCCUCAUUUUGUGUCCUGGGCGGGCCGUGGUUAUAAAAGGGGUAAAGGUGGAGGAAGGGGGGUCCGGGGGGAGAGGAGCAGUGGUUGGGAUCAGGGGUGCCCUGGGGAUUUGCACCUGGAAGCGGCCGCCAGUUUCCUGAUGGGAGCCCUGGAAACACAGCUCGGAGUCCGUGAGAAAUGCGAAUACUGCAGCUGGAGUGCUGAGAAUGGAGGCUCUGCAGAGAAUGUCGUCUGGGCGGCAUCUGACCCCAGGUCUCGGGGACUGUGUGGAGAUUCCUCCCUGGAGCAGGGUCACCCCGUGAGGAAGAGCCACAGAGGUUCAGUUCUUGGAGCAGGACAGGAGAAAUCAUUAAAUUCCUCCCAUCUUUGCCAGAAGCUUCAGUGUUUAAGCAGCCAGAGCCAAGAGGCUUCAGCACCAGGGGGGUGCACUGGAGGGCUCCUGGUCCUGCCCACGCUGUGGGAUGCUGCACUCACCUCUGCAGACAAGCGCUGAGCUCUCACUGCAGGAACCUGUCAGGCCUCGGUGGCUCCCCAGGUUCCCUGCUGAAUUCCUGCUGGAAUAACCUGACGGUGCCUCGUGGAUAGUGGAAAUUCCCAGGCAGAGCUGCCACUUUAGCACCAGCUGUGUCAGGAACCAGCAGAGGUUCCAGGGAAGCUCAGUGGGAUCAGGACAAGGACAGGUCUCUAUUCUGUAGAACUUGCUAUUUAAAACCCUCAUCCCCCAGCCCAGGGCUGUGUCUGGAGUCACUUGACAGAGUUCCCUGGAACUCAGCUGAUUUCACCCCCCGGAGCUCAGGCUCCAGCUGAUGUUUUAAAGCAGGACAAGGCGGUGGCUGGAUGCGCUCCCGGCCUGUGCUGAGGCAGAACAUCUCUCCUGCAGAAGCUCCGCUCCUUUCAGAGCCUCAGCAGUGGCCUCUGCAUGUCCUUUUCCCUCAGGAAAGGGAUGCACAUCCCUGCCUGCAGCACACCUCCAGUGGGACCCACCUGUGAGAGUUUUCCAUCACUUCUGCACCUCCAGCUGGCUCCCUGGAAAUCUCCAGACAUCAUUGCACUCGAACCUCUGAUUUUAAGGCAUCUCCGAGGCUAUGGCUUGGCAUUUAGUAUCUGCAAGAAAAGAUUGCCUUGGCUCAAAUGCUCCUGGUGGAUGAUGGCCUCAGGCUGGAAAAGAGGGAGGAGAUUUGGGGUGGCUGGGACAUACCUGGCAGCUGUGUGGGAGCUCGGGGAGGUCAGAAACGGGGAUUGCUGUCAGAGCCCCUCUGCAAACGGCCGUGCCUCCGUUCCCAGGUGAUGCCAGCCGUUCCCUGGGGUCCCUCUGGGCUGUCGGUGCCGUCUGUCCGGGCUGAAGCAUCCCUGCGUGCCUGUGGGGAGCAGCCCCCGGCUGAGGAGCCACGGGCAGCCCUUGAGCCGCGUCCGUGCCAGCGCUGUCCGGUGCCCCGGUGCCCGUGCCGGGCCGUGCGUUGGUCACGCUGCGAGCCACGGGCCGGGCACGGCAGCUCCUGCCCUGCCGAGCCAAGGACCGGAGGUGCUCUCUGCCCUCCGGGGGCUCCGGGCUCCUGCAGCCCCGCACCGGGCGCAGGCGGAGCGGGAGCGGCGGCCCCGGCGGAGCGGCGGUGCCGGUCCCGAUCGCCGCCCCGAUCCCGCCCCGAUCCUCCGGCCCCGGCACCCCCACCCUGCCCGCCGAGGAAGGAGCGGCUUUGCCCGGCUCCCACAGCAGCCACCGGCGGGACCGGGGCCCAAAUCCCCGGGCCCGGAUCCCAGUCCUGGUCGCACCUGAGCCCGUCGGGCGCCGCGCAGCGCCGGGAGCAGCCCCGAUCCGAUCUCCGCACGGCGCUCCGAGCGCCGGUCCCGCCGCAGCCCGGCCGAGCAUCCCCCGCAGAAUGU